AGGAGAUCUUGAAUUGACAAGAAUAUUGUUAGGGCUCGAUCAAAGUCUAGAUACAGCUCUUAAUACCAACGGUUUAUUACCUCUGCACCUGGCUGUUCUCAGAGGCUCGGUUGUACUCCUGGAGGAGUUCCUAAACAAGGCUCCAUUAUAUUUCUUGUCUAACACGCCAUCAAAAGAGACGGUCUUUCAUCUCGCUGCAAGAAACAAAAACAAGGAUGCCUUUCUUUUCAUGGCAGAGCGUUUGGGCAGUAACGGCCAGACUCUUUUGCAGCAAACAGAUGAAAAUGGUUACACUGUCUUACAUACUGCUGCAUCCGUGGCUUGUGGUGCCCCGUUUAUUCGAUACAUUGUUGGUAAGAAGAUAGUAGAUAUCAGCAACAAAAACAAGAUGGGUUUUGCAGCUUAUCACCUUCUCCCACAUGAUGCUCAAGACUUUGAGUUGUUAUCAAGCUGGCUAAGGUUUGACACCGAGACUUCAGACGAGCUGGAUUUUGAUGAAGUUGAAAUAUGCUUAGACCCCUCUAGUCCACGGAAACCAUUAUGUCCAUUCUUGAAAUCAGAGAUCCGCGAAAACUCUGAUGAGGACGAGGUACUCCAGUUGCUGAAGCUAAUCGGAGUAAACACAUCAGAGAUAGCAGAGAGAAAGAAACGCAAGGAACGCGAAGUUGAAAAAGGUCGUGAGAACUUGGAAUAUGACAUGUAUAUAGAAGCAUUACAAAAUGAAAGAAACACGAUUACUAUAGUGGCAGUUUUAAUUGCUUCAGUUGCUUAUGCCGGUGGGAUAAACCCUCCAGGUGGCGUCUACCAUGACAUGCCAUGGAGAGGAAAAUCCUUAUUGGGUACAACGAAAGCGUUUUAAAUCUUUGCGAUAUGCAACAACAUCGCACUCUUCACUUCCUUGGCCAUCGUUAUUCUUCUCGUUAGCAUCAUACCUUAUAAGAGGAAACCCUUGAAGGGGUUACGGAUGGCCACGCAUAGGAUGAUGUGGGUUUUUGUAGGAUUAAUGGCCACGGCUUGUGUUGCAGCAUCUUGGGUGACCAUACCUCAUUACCAUGGAACACAAUGGUUGUUUCCUGCCAUUGUCGUGGUUGCUGGUGGAGCUUUGGCUGUAUCGUUCAUUGGUUUAGUAAAAAGUAAAAAAGAAUUACAUAAUAUAUGUC